ACGCGCAAGAUGGCGCCGCUGGAGCAGCUGCGCGCGCCGGCGCCGCUGGCCGCCAUCGACGUGCACCCGCUGUGCGACCUGGUGGCCUGCGGCUCCGUCAACCAGAGCAUCAGCAUCUACGACCUGAAGGGCACGCCGCUGAACACGAUCAAGUUCCACGAGGGCUUCAUGGGCGCGCGCAUCGGGCCGGUGUCGUGCCUGGCCUUCCACCCGCUGCGCUGCGCGCUGGGCGUGGGCUCCAAGGACUCGACGGUGUCGGUGUACGUGGCGGAGGCGCGGCGGUGACCCUCGCUGUACAGCCUGGCGCUGCCCUUCCACUGACCGCAGGAAGCGAGGAGUCGUGUAGAGUGCGGGCGCCGGCGCAGUGCUCCGUGGCGUGUACAUACUUACAUAUAGGCAGGAGGCGCGGGGUGCUGCAGCGCCUGGCCGUAUUCACGAGUAAGCUGCUUAUCAAAGUGCGCUACCAUUGUAUAGGUACUCUAUACAGACUGCAUUACAUGUUGUUUUUGUUUCGUCAUAUUAUUUGUCUUGUGAUUUACAGAAAGUUCCUAAGACUCAAUAAUGACUAGCUGCCAUUUUGUUAAAUUAGGGUUUUGUUCACUACGUAAUAAGUUUUAGAAUUUGUUUGUGGUUUAGAUUGUAAUAUUAAAUGAUAAUAUGGCCAAGUGUAAUUGACUGUAACGUGACCCAUAAAUAUAUGCCGCCACGCAGGGAGAGGUGCCGGCCGGUAGCUAUAGCGUGUAAGUGAUAUAAUGAGCAUUUACCUGAUGUAAUGAUGAAUAUUUUGUAAAUGAUUAAUGUUAAUUUUCAUUGAACAAAGAUUGUUAAUAUUGGAAAUAAGUAAAAUCAGAAUUCACUUACGAAAUGUGUGGCCAUAGAAAACUAUAGUUAUUAUAAGCGAUUGUCACCAGUUGUGAUCAAACCUCAACAUUGUCAAUAUGAUGAACAAACACACAAGUUGCCAAUCGGUUGUUGAAUAUAUUAUUGCAUUUUGUCUACAAAGUGAUCGAUUAUGCUUUUACAUAUUAACUAUGUAAUUUAAAUGUACAUUUUACAUAAUAAUAAUAAUUGUUGUUGUUAAAAUAAAAUAUGAUUAAAAUUUGAGUGUAUAAA